UAUAGCUUCGGGUAUUUAAUCAACUAGGGUGAACCGUCGCAGUUGUUGCUAUCACACUUUUUAACUCCUCUUUAAAAAAAAAAAAAAAAGACCUUUUGACCCAUUAUGGCGCACAUGGGCCCGAGUGCGCGCGCUCGUCCCCGUUCAGGACUGCAAAUUCCACCUUAAAACCCCUCUCUAGUGAAACUUUUCGGCGUAACUCCGUCGGUCCACCUUAAGCGCACACGCAAACGCAGGAGGCGUACAGCGAGGUUUCCGCUUCUCAGUUGGGCUCGGACCGCGGCUCACGAAAAAAAAAAAACAAAAAAAAAACACCGUGUGUAACGUACAAGGUUGACGCACUAAGGUAAGAAGAAAAGCUAAGAGAAAGCGAAGCAACCGAGCGAAAAAAUAAAGGGAUGUCUGAAUCCAAGUACCGAGAAUGGAUCCUGGACACUAUCGACUCGCUGCGGUCGCGAAAAGCCCGGCCGGACUUGGAGAGGAUUUGCCGAAUGGUCCGGAGACGACACGGGUCCGAGCUGACACCUCGAUGGCAAUGGACACAGACAGUAAUGCGGAUGAGGAGGGGGCGGAUGAAAGCCGGGAUGGGCAGGAUGGACCCUCUCCCGGCCGCCCGUGUGAAGAGACAGCCGUGCACUGUGCCCCUGUGCGAGCCGUCUCUGCCCCCUGCUCUCCCUCUGGCACCCGGCCUGGCCCCGGCUGCGGCCCCGGCUCCGGUCUGGACUGCGUCUCUUUCCAGAAGGCCGGUGAGAGGCCCAGCUCCUUGCCCCCUUCCAGCCCCAGGGCCCUUGCACACAAUGACUGGGCCUAUCAUUCUGCUGUCUGCCCAGUGGAGCGCCAGCACCCAGGAAUGCAGAGAGACAAAGCAGCAGCAGAAGCCACGAAGCCAGCAGUCAACUCUGUAACUACCAGCCCCCUCACUUUAAACAACAACGUGAAGAAAGAAGAUGGAGGCAAGGCAGAGGAGAGUGGCCUUUCAUCGGACCAGCUGGUACCAGACUAUGCAGCAGGGCUGGAUGAGACCAAGAAUGUAUCUGAUGGAAGACCACAGACACUGUCUUUGCCAUCUGACAACUGUACAUUUAAGAAUAAGAUAGAUAUAUCCUCCUUCACAGCAGCUGAAGACAGUCUUCUGAAUGGUGGUAAAGGUGAUGACGUUGCUGUGAAGAAGGAGAAGAUGAGCCAGAACUUGUUGCAGUGGACUGUGGCAGAUGUGGCCAGUUAUUUCUCAGCUGCAGGCUUUCCAGAGCAGGCUGUGGCUUUUCGAACACAGGAAAUUGAUGGGAAGUCCCUUCUCCUAAUGCAGCGCAGUGACGUGUUGACUGGUUUGUCUAUCCGACUCGGCCCUGCCCUCAAAAUCUAUGAGCGGCAUGUAAAGGUGCUGCAGAGGACCCACUUCCUGGAAUACGAAGACCUCUGAAGUGUGGAGUCACCUGACAGACAGACGAUGCUGCACUGACCCAAACGUGCAUGCAGUGCCCUCUCCCAUCUGGACCCUGCCUCCCACCUUCAUAUACAGAAUAUAUAGAGGGUGAGUCUGGGGGGGAGGCUGCGGUGGAAUAAACUUUCACUGUGAGAAUGACCAGAAACUGAAAGACAGUCAUCCUACCUCUCAUUAUGGUCUUUGGUUUUCAAAUGGUUUUCAUUUCACCCAUGUGGCUGUUCGAUUGCAUUAUCAAGGAAAUACUACAUUCGACUGCUACGUUCAGAGUAUGUUUUCAAGUGGAGGAGCAAUGAACUUUCUGCAGGAGUAAGAGAUGGACAAUGCAGCCAUUGAAGGGGACUGAGUCCUUGCACCAAGUGGACCACCUAUGGGCUAAUGUACUACAGAGACAUCACUGUGCUGUGAGCAAAGUUUUGUCACCGUUUUUUGGAUGCACAAGAAAAAUGUAUCCCAAAAUGUAUCCCUGCAUUCUCCCUGUUGUAUUACGGUACCUUGUUUGUCCAGAAAGUGUUUGUACGUCAACACAGUUAAACGUGAUGCACAUCUGUUGUGCUUUUUCCUUUUCUCGUAUGAUGAGUUGAAUUAAAUGUCAUCAAAGUGCUGGGGCAGUCAGACUAUCUACAUAUCUGCAUCAAAAGUUACCAGAGUCCGAUUCCUGACUUAUCAUGCCAACAAUAGCUGCUGAUGUUGGAUUAUGUCUUCAGUCUGUAACACUGAGAUACAACCAAUAAGAUAUACUACUACCUGCUGGCAAGGCAAUAUGUUCUGUGUGUGUGUGUUUUUUUUCUUCUUCUUAUUUAGGUCUGACUGUGGUCCAACUUAAUACAAUGCAUUUUGGGGAACAAUUUCAGAUAUGUGACCAGGAAAUAUGCAGCCUAAUGGAAUUUGCUUUCAUACAUAAGCAAAAAAAAAGUAAUAAACUUGGGAAAAUGAUAUUGUAAUACUGAAUAUAUUGUUUUAAAUUGAAUACAGCUGCUCAGUGUCUGUUUACAGAGCAGAUAUGUUGAUCAAAUGCAAUAUUUUGUUAUCAUCCAUUUAUAAUUUGUCCAGUGUGAUCCAAGUCAGCCUCUUUGUGACAUUCCAUAAUGUAGUCUUCAUCUCCAGUGUAUCUCCUCCCCUUUUUAUCUGUAACAUUGACAUUUCUUCCAGAGUCACAAAUAAAGCUCGUGUCUCUCUGUUCAGUCACUUGUUUUGUGAUAGUUUAUUACACUCGUAUCAGUUAUUCACCAUAAAACAAUGGUUUCAAAGGGUCAGCAUCACCUUGUGUGAGGACAAGUGAUAACCCUUUUCAGUCUCAAUCAAAUAUUGUAAACAAACUUUCCACUUCACAUAAAAACCCUACUCCACACCAAAUGUUCUCCUCAAAAAUGACAGCAGGACAUUAAAAAUCAAA